UGGGAAAAUGAAGCCGCGGAGUCUCCUCUCACAAUCGCCGACGACGAGCCUGAAGCUAACCACCGGCUGCGAAACCCUCGACGAAUGUCUCCGCGGCGGAUUUCCGUGCGACUCUCUCACAGAAAUCGUAGCGGAGAGCGGCUGCGGGAAAACACAGCUCUGCCUUCAGCUCUCGCUCUGCGCCCAGCUUCCGAUUUCAAACGGCGGACUCGACGGCUCAGCUCUCUAUCUCCACUCCGAGUUUCCCUUCCCGUUUCGCCGUCUCCAUCAGCUCUCUCGAUCGUUUCAUCUAUCGAACCCUAGCAUCUACGCGGAUCACAACGAUAAUCCUUGCGAUCAUGUCUUCGUGCAAAACGUCCACAAUGUAGACCACCUGUUCGACGUAAUGGCUAAGAUAGAAUAUUUUGUUAAAAAUUCGAAAACGAGGCUUCCUUUGAAGCUGAUUGUGCUUGAUUCCGUCGCGGCGUUGUUCAGAUCGGAGUUUGAUAACACGCCGUCUGAUCUCAGGAAGAGAGCUUCUUGUUUUUUCAAGAUAUCUGGGAAGUUGAAGCAGCUGGCGAAUAAGUUUGGUUUGGCUGUGGUGAUUACGAAUCAGGUCACUGAUUUUGUUGAGUCUUCUGAUGGGUUGAGUGGGUUGAGGAUUGGGAAUUUGAGGUGUUUGUAUUCGUCUGGGAGACGAGUUGUUCCUGCUUUGGGUUUGGCUUGGGCUAACUGUGUGAACUCUAGAGUUUUCAUCUCACGAAGUGGUGAUACUAUCUGUCAAGAGGGAAGGGAUGAUGAUGAGAGGAGCGGUUCGAGUUAUGUGUCUAGAAGAGCUCGGAGACGGCUUGAUAUUGUUUUUUCACCUCAUUUGCCUGCUUCUUCUUGCGACUUUGUGAUCACACGAGAGGGUAUUUGUGGAGUUAGGUGAUCCAUGGUGCUAUGCAAGGUAGUUUUAGGUGACUUUUGAGUGAUGUUUAUGUAGAUUUUUUCUGAGGGAGAUGGGUUGCAACUUGCAGCAAGUCAGGGGUAAUGCAUGCCUUGAGGAG